UGCAAGGCCUGGAUUUUCUUCACUCGAACCAUGUGAUCCACCGAGAUGUGAAGAGCAGCAACAUCCUUCUCAGAACCGACGGCUCUGUCAAGCUGGCUGACUCUGGCCUGUUUGUUCAGCUCACCCCUGAGCAGAGUCGACGGAGCUCAGUGGCCGGCACUUCUGGGUGGAUGGCGCCUGAAGUGGUGACAGGUCAACCAUGUGGCCCCAAAGUGGACAUAUGGUCUCUUGGAAUCGUGGGCAUCGAAAUGGUGGAACGAGAAGUUCCUUACCAGUAUGAAACUCCUGUUUCGGCUCAACUCCUGAUAGCCAGAGGAGGGAGACCAAAGCUGCGGCAGCCCAACCGAUGCUCGUCCUGCCUGCGUGACUUCUUGAGCUGCUGCCUGCAGACAGACGAGGCACGGCGCUGGUCUGCCAAGAAGCUCCUGCAGCAUCCAUUUGUAACAUCAGCCAAGCCAGCGUCCACCCUGGUACCACUCAUCAACUCAGUGAAGAAGGAGAAGAAGAAGACAAGAAGAGUCAAGAUAUUAUCUCCAUAACCAAGUUAGAGUAGGAUUGUAGAGUAGGACUCUAGAGUAGGAUUGUUGAGUAGUUUUGUAGUAUAGGUUUAUAGAGUAGGAUUGGAAUUAAAUAAAGUUUC